AUGUUUGUUGGUGCACUUUGACAGCCAUUGCAGGAAUAGAGAGGUUUGCAUUCAAGGGGGUGGCAUCUAAUCUGGUGACAUACCUAACUGAUGUUGUGAACUUGAGCAACUCAUCUGCAGCAAAGAUGGUUAACAGUUGGGUAGGCUUUACUUCCAUAAUGCCUUUGCUGGUGGCACCCAUUGCCGACGCAUAUUGGCACAAAUAUUCCACCAUAAUGGUCUCAUCUUUCCUGUAUUUUGUGGGACUUGUAGCAUUAACAACAACAGCAUUAGCACGGUCAUGGCAUCACAGAAACAGAACAAUGUCUUCUUCAUUUCUAUCUCUGUCUCUCUACUUAAUUUCAUUAGGCCAAGGUGGAUAUAACCCAUCUCUGCAAGCCUUUGGAGCAGAUCAACUUGGCGAGGAGGAAGAACUGCCUUGUAGCAAAGAUGAUAAAAGUUACAACAAAAAGACUCUAUUCUUCCAAUGGUGGUAUUUUGGUGUUUGCAGUGGAAGCCUUCUGGGUGUUACAGUCAUGUCCUACAUCCAAGACACUUUUGGAUGGGUGCCAGGAUUUGCCAUCCCUGCUAUUUCAAUGAUUAUGUCCAUUUUGAUUUUCUCUGCUGGAAGCCCUAUAUAUCUAUAUAAACAGCAUGAAUUCCUUGAAGCUAAGAAGCCCAUCAUGAACAUAUUUCAAACCAUAAAAGCUUCUGCAUUGAGAUGUUUCCAUAGUGAAAUUACCCUACCUAAUGACAAGUCUGAAGUGCUGGAGCUAGAGCUUCAAGAGAAACCCCUUUGUCCUGAAAACUUGGAAAGCCUGAAGGAUUUGAAUGAUGAUUCUAAAAGUGGCAUGUAUCUUCUAAAAAAUGUCAAGGUUAUGGUGAGGCUUUUGCCCAUAUGGACAAUGCUUCUAAUGUUUGCAGUGAUUUUCCAGCAGCCUGCAACAUUUUUCACAAAACAAGGCAUGACCAUGAAGAGGAACAUUGGUGCAGAUUUCAAGAUCCCACCAGCCACACUCCAAAGUGCUAUAACAUUGUCCAUAAUACUACUGAUGCCACUGUACGACAAAAUAUUCAUACCAAUUACUCAGGUGAUUACAAGGCAGGACAAGGGUAUAAGUGUGAUGCAAAGGAUGGGAAUUGGAAUGGUUCUCUCAAUCAUAGCCAUGAUUAUUGCAGCUCUAGUUGAGACUAGAAGGCUUGAGAUUGGAAGGCAAAUGAGAAGUGCAGGAUUACAUUCAGAGACAGUGCCUCUAAGCAUUUUCUGGCUGCUACCACAGUACAUUCUUCUUGGAAUCUCAGACAUUUUCACUGUUGUUGGCAUGCAAGAGUUCUUCUAUGGUGAAGUUCCCAGGACAAUGAGAACAAUGGGAAUUGCCUUGUACACCAGUGUUUUUGGGGUUGGAAGCUUUGUGAGUGCACUGCUGAUCACACUAGUCGAAGUUUACACAAGUUCAAAGGGAAUACCAAGCUGGUUCUGUGAUGAUAUGGUUGAAGCACGUUUGGACAAUUACUAUUGGCUUCUAUCAUGGUUAAGUGCAGUGAGUCUGCUACUGUAUGCACUCUUGUGUAAAUAUUACCUCAAGAAGAGCGAUUCAGAUAGUGAAUAUUGAUGGGUUUUUUUUCCCUUCUAGGUUUUAUCUUCCUUCUAAGCAAUAGUUUGUUGAACUACUUGACCUCAUGUUGAAUAACAGUAAUUAUCAUCCCUGUGUGUUUCAUGUU